UUAAACCAGAUUCUAUCCAGUUUAUUCUUCUCAUCCUGCCUUUAAUCCUUUUUGUUUCCUUCCUCAGUGGGCUAGGGGUUGUCCUUCAUACUAGCUAAGCUGAGAAUGACAGCAUAGUCUUUUUGUGACACAAACUGUGAUGCUACCAAAAGGUAGCUACCGAGGCAGAGUAAGCAACCAGCUUGACCUGAAACUAGCUAUGAGGUAUCCUCUGGUUCCUUUGGUAAAUGAUUUGACCUUUCCUCUUCUCUUUUUUUGGUUUUGUUUGCCAUUUGGGUUGUUGUUGAUCCUACUGAUUAUCUGGCUUCACCUUUUACUCAAUGAAGCCCAGUUGCCCUGUGCCAAAGAAAUAAAGAAGCCAUCUUCUGAUCAGUCUGAUGACAGUGCAGACCCUACAUCUGAGAAUGAGUCCACAGGGAAUAAAAGCUGGAGUGAGAUGCCUGCUGUGGAGUUCCAAAAGGAGAUGUGGAUGAAGGCCCCUAUGGGGCCCAGGCCGGCUUAUCUGAGUUCAAAACCAAGAGUCCAAACGAAAGGCCUCUUUACUGCAAUCUCAGAUAGUCUGUCAUGGGCCCAGGGGACAAGGCUACUUCGCUUUGAGAAGAAUGCCCUGUAUAAUACCAUAACGCUACUGUGCACCCUGCUUCUUUCUCUCAUCUGGAACUCUGGCUGCCAGUUGCUCGAGAUCUCUAAUGUCCUGAUGAUUCAGCGGCUGCUAUCAUCUCUGGUUAUCUGGACAGCUCAGCUUUUCACCCUGCUGAGAGAAAAGGUGGUGAAAAUCUUGGAUUCCCUGAGACUAGAAAUCAGAGGGCUGUCUGCUUCAGUCACUGGGAGGAGAUAGGAAAAAACUGAAGCAAAGUGAUGCAGCAAUAUGCAUGGUGGUUCCAAACUGGAGAACUACAUUGGUGUGCAAAUAAAACAAGUGGGGAUGUGGUCACUAGCAGUAACCUAUUCAAUGUCCUUGAGAACUGUUAGUGUGGAGCAGAGGCAUAGGAAUUCUCUAAUCUUGACUAUGUUUUUUUUCUUUUCUUUUAAUCUACUCACAGCAUCCACACACACAUCACAACUGGCUUCCAUGUGGAUAAUAUCAAUAGACCAAGUACUGUCAGUUGAGCUGACACCUUUUGCCAGCACCAAGCUCUCAUUUCAAACAUGUAAGGCAAGGAACGUUCAUUGAUUGUUCAGGCACAAUUACACUCCAAUGACAGAAAAUACGGUUCAUAUUUCAAUCAGCCCAUUGUUUUUCUGGUCUCCAACUUAUAAGACCUCAAAUGUUAGAGAUUAGCAGAUUUUUCAGUUCCCAGCUCCUGAGAAAUGGAACAAACCUACCUUAGAUUGCUAAUGGGUUCAUUGCUGCACAAUAUACAGAGACAGUGGACACAAGACUUCUCCAUUCCUGCCCAGUGUUCCUGGUGCAUUCUUUUUAAGUACUUAGCAUCUUGUGUAUAUGAUGUCAGGUUAUGCCCCAAAGGGGUACAUUUGUACUCAGAAAUUUAGGUGCAGGGACUGGAGGGCUGAUGAAAAUGGGGAGAGCCACUAAUUUUUGCCCUUAGGGAAUAUCUGAUAGACACAUUAUAAGCAGAAGGGACAUGACUUUGCACUGAGGUCAAUAAGUUCUUGACAAAUCUUUGAAAGGGCAGCAGAUUACAACCAUACACAAGCUGUAUCAUUGUUCAGCAAUCAAAGCAUUCACAGAGUUUGAAAGAACCUUUGUUUUUCCAAGAGAAGUUCUGUAAAUAAGUUGCCCUGCAUAGAAGUACAUGAAAAGACUGCAGAAUUAUUGUAUUAACCUAUGCUAUUGAUGCAGCAUGUCUUGAGUGUAUGUUGUCUUCUCCUAAGACACUCAUAAAAAACAGCUAUUACAUUUUCUGGGACU